UCCUUUUCUACUGUGGAUUUGUGUUUUUCUGUGACUUUGGCGUCUCGGUGGUGUAGUUUGGGUCAGCAGUUUUGUUGGAUCAGUGUGGAGCCGAUAAUAAAAAAUACAUGUGAAACUUUAUUAUCCAACUAUUACCGUUACAGUAGAGGCAACAAAUCCAGGCUCAGCAAUUCUAGACCUCAAACACAUAGAUAUAUAGUGUAUCCUUUAACCUCUAUCAGUUCCCACAGUCUCAUCAGGUGUGUGGAUAUCAGUGAUGGUGAGUUCAGGUGAAGUCCUGGGUGUGAAGCAGAAAGAUGAACGAGUUUUAAUUGUGUUGGUGAAAUGAACUCUAUUCUUCUCUCAUUAAACGUCAGAGCCGCUCAGAUCUAAUUAAAGACGAGUGGGCGGGGCUUGUCACACGUCACGUAUAUGUAUAUAGUUGGAGCGCUUCCCUGCCACCCAGCGUGUGCCUCUCUGAGUAUCAAAUGCAGACCUCCAGGCAAGCUGUACUGGAGCAGUUAAUCAUCAUCAUCAGUGACGAUGAGGAGGUCACAGCAGGUGGAGGAAGAUGAGGCGCUGGCCCGACGCCUGCAGCUAGAAGCCGACUCAGAAUUUGCUGGGGUGGAGCAGAUCUCCAUCACUGAGGAGCAGCAGGCUGCGGUUCGUUUACAGCAGAUGGAGGAAGAUAAGCUGCUGGCCCGACGGCUGCAGGCGGAGGACGACUCGGACAUCGCUGUGGUGGAGCAGAUCUCCAUCAGCGAGGAGGAGGAGGCUGCGGCUCGUUCGCAGCAGCUGAGGGAAGACGAGGCGCUGGCCCGACGGCUGCAGGCGGAGGACGACUCGGACAUCGCUGCGGUGGAGCAGCUCGCCAUCAGCGAGGAGGACGCCAUUUGUUUCCAGCAGGCGGAGGAUGACGAGGAGCUGCAGGUGGAGGCCGGCUCAGACAUCGCUGUGGAGGAGCAGAUCUCCAGCAGUGAGGAGGAGGAGGAAGAGGAUGCGGUUCCUUCACAGCAGGUGGAGGAAGACGAGGCUCUGGCCCGAAGGCUGCAGGCGGAGGACGACUCGGUGAUCGCCGCGGUGGUGGAGCAGCUCGCUGUCAGCGACGAAGAGGAGGAGACCACUGGUUUACAGCAGGUGGAGGAUCACGAGGAGCUGCACCGACACCUGCAGGCUCGGCUGGACCGAGUGGAGCCCGCGCUGCACAACAGACACCGUCACCACCUCCAUUAUCACCACCUCCACCAGCUUCCUCUUCAUCGCCUCCACAGGGGUCGUCCCACAGAGCGCCGCUGGAUGAUUCAGGUGGCUCCCGGAGAAGUUCUGAUUGGUCACCGCGGGAGUAGGGACGCCACAUCUGAUGACGCUGAAGGAAACGACUACGAGUCUCUGCUGGAGCUCGAGGAGCAUCAGGGCGCCGUGAGGACCAAUCAGCUGAGUGCGACGGACAUCCAGAGGUUUCCCACCAAGGUGUUCCAGGGAUGCGGCGGCAGCGGCGGCGGGAACACGCAGUGUCAGAUCUGUUUCUGCGACUACAGCGACGGCGAGAAGCUGAGGAUUCUGCCCUGUUUCCAUGACUACCACGUCCAGUGUAUCGACCAGUGGCUGAAGGAUAACCCCACCUGUCCCAUCUGCAGAGUCAACCUGGCCGACAAAGACGCCAUCGCCCCUCCGACCUCUGACCUCUGACCUUGUUUCUACUGUUUCCUAUGGGAA